GGAUCCGUGCGGUAAAAUUUGAAAACCCCGUUCCAGCGCGUGCCUUUUUGUUUGAUAAUCAUUGGUCGAUGAAAGAAAAUAUACAAAACAACAACUAAAAUUGCAAUUAUAUCCUGGUAUCAAAACGAUGCAAAACGGGAGUGAAAUGGACGACACAGCUCACAGCGACGAAUUUAACUUUCUAGUUGAAUAUGGAAUUUCUAAACUUGUUGCAGGUGAACUUGAAAAGAUCUACACAACAGGAAAACUAUCACAUUCAGAACUUGAUGAAAGAGCCCUUGAUGCUUUAAAAGAAUUCAAUCCGGAUGAUGCCAUCAAAGUAUUGGAACAGUUCAAUGAAGCCAGUUUGGAACAUGUUACAAAUAAAAGUGCUUUUUUGUGCGGUCAAAUGAAAACUUACAGACAAAAAAGCAAGAGUGGCGGUGCUAAUGCUGCCCCUAAGGGACCAGAUCCAGACAAAAUAAAGGAGAUUCUUGACAAAUCUGGCUACACAUUAGAUGUUACAACUGGUCAGAGAAAAUAUGGCGGUCCUCCUCCAGACUGGGGCGAUGGUCCACAGCCUGGGCCUGGCCAUGAGGUAUUUAUCGGUAAGAUCCCAAAGGAUGUGUUUGAGGAUGAAUUGAUUCCACUGGUUGAGGAGUGUGGGCGGGUUUGGGAUCUUCGACUCAUGAUGGAUCCCAUGACUGGCUUCAACAGGGGAUAUGCCUUCUGUACAUAUGUGGAUAAAAAAGAUGCCAAAACUUGUGUAGAAAAGCUGGAAGGUUAUGAAAUUAAGAAAGGAAAGACUUUAAAGGCAAAUGUAUCCAUUGCCAACCAAAGACUCUUUGUAGGGAACAUUCCAAAGAGCAAAGCAGAAGAAGAAAUAAAGGAAGAAUUCUCCAAAAGAACAGAGGGCCUUGACAGGGUGAUCAUCUACAGAUCUGUUGAGAAAGAAAACCAGAAGAACCGAGGGUUCGCGUUCCUGGACUAUGAUUCUCACAAGAGUGCUUCAACUGCUCGACGAAAACUGGCUUCCGGGCGGGUCAAGGUCUGGAACUGUGACAUCAUUGUGGAUUGGGCUGACCCUGUGGAAGAACCCGAUGAUGCAACAAUGUCCAAGGUGAAAGUCUUGUAUGUGAAGAACUUGACGACUGAUGUUACAGAGGAGUCGUUGAAGGAAGUAUUCGAGAAGUAUGGAACAGUUGAGAGAGUAAAGAAGAUCAAGGAUUAUGGCUUUGUCCACUUUGAGGAGAGGGAACAUGCACUGGCUGCAUGUGAAGCUCUCAAUGGACAGACCGUGGGGAAAUUGUGUAUUGAAGUUUCUUUGGCAAAACCACCAUCAGAAAACAAGAAGAAAGAUCGCCGAACACAAAUGAUGAAGAUGAGAGGACCAGGUUUUGAUGAUUUUUCCUAUGGACCACCUGCAAGGAUGGCUCCCCCUCCAUUGAUGGGUGGUCGAGGUGGUGGCUUCAGACGUGGACCCCCACCCCCACCAGACUAUUUCUAUGAUGACUACUACGAUUAUUAUGGAGGUGGUGGUGACGAGUACUUUGGUGGCUACGGUGGACCGCCAAUGAGGGGAGGUAGAGGUGGAAGAGGCGCACCUUUCAUGCCCCCACCCGGUCGCGGUCGAGGAGGGGGGCCUCCCCGCGGUGGACCUAGAGGGGGUCCGGCUGCUGCAAGGGGCAUGCGGGGAGCUGCCAGGGCCAGGGGGGCCAUGAUGCGAGGGAGGGGAGCACCAGUUGCAGGUAGAGGCCAGCAGACUCCAAGAGGUGGCAAGAGAAAGGCUCCGGAAGCAGCUCCUGCUACCGCAGGCGCACAGGCUAAACGUAGGGCUACCGCUAGCGAGUGGGGAGCCCAGCCAAUAGCCCAGCAACCUCUGGGUCAAAGUGGGUAUGGUGCUGGUUACAGUGGUGAAGGAGAUGCUCAGUGGUACCAGGACUCCUACGGUCAAAAUUGGGGCUGAAACGGUAGCCAAUAUAGGUUUUCAACCCAAUAAAGGUACUGUCAGGAGAGUAAAACACUUCCCGUCACUGAGUCCAGAGAGCAGCACCAUCUGUAAAUAGCCAUACCUAUAGGAAAUUUUUAAACAGUCUGUGUGAGCAUCGUCUUGUGUAUGAUUUGGUUAAGACUGGUGGUUUUGAGUUCUCAAGUCCACGUUGUUAAGUGUGUUUUAAUCGAAUUGGAUAUUUGGCUAAUUUUUAUUUUGGUCAUAUUUUUUUUAUAAAUACAUUGUCCAUCUGCUGGAGUCUACCAAUGUUUUGCAGAAUACGAAUUUAACAUGAUUUGGAGCAUAAGACAGUAAUGUUCAAUCCCUCGGUUUUAAAUGUUAAAGAAUCAAAUGAGUACUAUUCUUUGGCAGUUCUUUCUUACCCCCAUUUAGCAGCAGCAUUUUAAACUUUGAUUUCUGUUUUCAGAAAUUAUUUUUGCUGAUAUGUAAAUAGUAAUUUCGAAAAGUAUCGAAGCACAUAAUUUGUAGAACUUGAUUAAACUUUUUUGUUGAAUAUAAUUAUGCUAAAAUUUGAUGGCACUUGAUUAUAGGCACUGAAGACUUGGUUCUUCUUUUUUGUCUUUGUUCGUAUCAAUUACAUCAUGAAAAAAAUAGUGUAGUAGUAUAUUGUAAAAUAUUGUUUUUGACUCUUGUCAUUCAUCAUGUUGUCCUUUUAUGAAUCACUAGUAGAUUGUGAAAACACAUUGUAAAUCAGUGGUAAUAAAUCAUGGUUGACUAAAAACCUUCUAAAAUUUGUCGUUUUCAUUUGGCAAUAGCAAAAAAAGGGAAGACAAAAACUAAAGAUGUAUUGUUUUUUGCAGUAUAUUUUGUGGAGAGGUGAAAUUAAAGAUUUGUUAUGUACAUUUCUGUUACAAGAGUGGAAAUUAAACAAACUCAGAUUUUAGAAAGCUUAAAAUAUGUAGAUACGAGUAUCAGUAUUGCAACAUUCAAGCUAAACUUUUGAAUCACCAUGAUGAAUACAUGCCCCUCAUUACUAUGUUAUUGUUCUUAUUUUACCAUAUUCAAUUGUUGUUUCUUUCUCUCUUUCUCACUAGAAACUGAGGAAGGAUAAGGCUUCUACCGGCAAACAAACCAUCUGUUGCCAUAUCUAAAACAACAAAAUUAUGUAUUUCUCAUAACAAAAUUUUGUAUUUAUCACACAUUUAAAAUGAUCCAAGCUUGUCAAAAGAAAUCAAGCAUUUUUAAAAAAAUAUGUACAAAUUAUUUCAUUGAAGAAAAAGAUCUCAAAUUGAUAUUUAAUUUAUCAGUAGAUCUGUAUGUUUCUUUUCAGAUGUAUGUUCUGUUUAAAAAUGGUUUAGUAUAUUUUUGUACGUUUAUCAAUUAUUUCUGUAAAAGAUAUUGUAGUUGUGCUUUGCUCGAAUUGAGUGAGCAGUUUAGUUUUGGAAUAUGUAAAUACGAUAGAUCUUCAUUUCCUCGAAGAUCUUAUAUUUAACAUCAUGGCAUACAAAAUGGGUUACGGCAGAGUAACCAGACAGACGUCACGAAAGAGGCUGUUUAACAAACAAGGUAUGGCUUGGUCAUUGGGAGGAGACGGGAAUGACAUAAUACACACUGGCAUUAAACUUGUACAUAUGGACAAAACACAAGUGUUGCAACUGUGGCAUUGCCAAAGGAAUGUGUAUGCUAUGCAAAAAUAAAAUUUGAAAAGCA